AUGUAUGGCAUAUCGUCAGUCAGCUUGACGCCUGGCAUUACCGCUCUCGAAUAUGCUCAGCGCAGGUCAAAAUUAGCAAGUGAACUCCCAAAUGGAGCAAUUGCAAUCCUUGAAGCUACAGACGUCAAGUGGAAAAGUCAUGAUGUCUUCUACGACUUUCAUCAGAACUCGAACUUCUUCUACCUGACGGGGAAAGACGCAACAGGCAAAGACCACACAUUCUAUCUCUAUGUGCGGGAAAAGGAUGCAAAAGCGGAGCAAUGGGAAGGUGUUCGCUCCGGGACGCAGGCAGCCGUCGACAUAUUCAACGCCGAUGAGACUGGUGAUAUCACUAGUCUCUCAACACACUUGAAAUCCAUACUCAGCUCAGCCUCAAAAGUCUACACCGAUAUCCCUACAACAAAAAAGCCCGACUCCUCCUUCCUCUCCCGCUUCAUCUCCCCUUCCACAGCCUCAACACCCUUCGCUUCUCUCCUCGGCACCACCAAAACCUCACCUCUGAACCCUCUCCUCAACAAUCUCCGCGCCAUCAAGUCCCCCGCCGAAUUAUCUCUCCUCCGUACCGUUGGCCAACGCUCCGGCCGCGCCCUCACCUCCGCCAUCGCCCAGUCCUGGCCCUCGGAAUCAUCCCUCCACAACCACCUCUCCUACCAAUUCCGCGCCAGCGGCUGCGACAAGGACGCCUACAUCCCCGUCGUAGCCGGCGGCAGAAACGCAAGCAUAAUCCACUAUACCUCGAACAACGCCCUCCUCAAGUGCGAUGACAUGGUGCUCGUAGAUGCGGGGGGACAAUAUGGGGGCUAUGUAGCCGAUAUCACGCGAACGUGGCCUGUGUCUGGAAAGUUCACCACGGCGCAGAAAGAUCUAUACAAUGCCGUUCUCGCCGUGCAGAGACAUUGCGUGUCCCUCUGCCGCGCCAACGCCGGAACAUCUCUGGACGAUCUGCACAAGAUCGCUGAGUCCCUCCUCCAGCAAAAUCUGUCUGAUAUAGGCUUCGAGCGCGAUUAUACGGGCAAGAUUAGGAAUUUCAUUCGAUUAUUCCCGCACCAUGUGGGACAUUAUGUGGGGUUGGACGUGCAUGAUACGCCUGGGCUGAGUAGGAAGAAGAGGCUGGAGGAGGGUAUGUGCGUUACUGUGGAGCCGGGGGUGUAUGUGCCUGAUGAGGAGGAGUUUCCGCCGCAGUUUAGGGGGAUGGGGGUCAGGGUUGAGGAUUCGGUGGGAGUUGGGGAGGAGGGGCCUGUGGUUUUUAGUACCGAGGCUGUGAAGGAGGUUGAGGAUAUUGAGGCGCUUAGGAGAUGA